UAGCUUUUUAGGAACAAGCUGUUAUGAUUUCAGCUUCGAGGCAGAGGGAAUCCUCUAUAAUAGUAAAUAUCUGUGUUUCCGUGUUACAGAAUAUCAGUGACCAUGAACAAGAUGAAGAAGAAGUUGCCUGAGUGGAUACUGAAUCACAUCCUGGAGAUUCUCUACCUGCUGACAGGAGAGCGUGUGACUAACUCACUAACAGCGAGUGACAUGACCGGGGACAAGACGACAACAGGGAGAAUACUGAACCACACCCGGCAGAUCACGUACCUGCUGACAGGGGAGGUGCCUAUAAAGUGCGAUGAUGUUGCAGUGUAUUUCUCUAUGGAGGAGUGGGAGUAUAUAGAGGGACACAAGGAAUGUUACAAGGACGCCAUGAUGGAGACUAACCAAGCACUGAGGACUAUGGAGAUCCCAGGAAAUGUGAGCUCAGGUGAAUACGAUGCUGUAAUUUCAUGUAAUUCUGAACAAACAGAAGAUCGGUGGCAAAGAAAUAUGACAGGAGCUCCAGAGCAGGAAAUAGGUAAAUAUGAUGCUGUGAUUUCAUGUAAUUCAGAAGAAACACAAGAUCAGUGGCUAAGAAAUAUGACAGAAACUCCAGAGCAGGAAAUACGUAAAAAUAUUAGCACUGGUGAUGAUAGGACUAAAGUCACACAUAAUUCUGAACAAACAAAUGAUCUGUAUGUAAAUAGACAACUGGAAGCUGUGGAACAGGAAAUCAGUGACAGUAUCAGUACAGGUGAAUUCACAGACGUAAAUAAUCCUGAUUACAUUCAGAGUGCUGAUGUUUCUUUCAAAGUUCUUCAAAUUAAAAGAAGCCAUUUAUGUUAUGAAUGUGGUAAAAGUUUUACCAAGAAAUCAUAUCUUAUUGACCAUCUGAAAAUUCAUUCACGAGAGAAAUCUUUCUCAUGUUCUGACUGUGGGAGAUGUUUUACUCGAAGAUCACAUGUGAUAACUCAUCAGAAAUAUCAUACAGGAGAGAAAGCAUUUUCAUGUUCUGAAUGUGGGAAGUGUUUUACUCUGAAAUCAGAUCUUAUUAGGCAUCAGAAAAUUCAUACAGGGGAGAAAGAAUUUUCAUGUUCUGACUGUGGGAAAUGUUUUAUUGACAAAUCAUCUCUUAUUAGGCAUCAGAAAAUUCAUACAGGGGAGAUGUCAUUUUCCUGUUCUAACUGUGGCAAAUGCUUUACUCGGAAAUCACAUCUUAUUAGGCAUCAGCAAAUUCACACAGGGGAGAAGCCAUUUUCCUGUUCUGACUGUGGCAAAUGCUUUACUCGGAAAUCGCAUCUUAUGAGGCAUCAGCAAAUUCAUACAGGAGAGAAAACUUUUUCAUGUUCUGACUGUGGGAAAUGUUUUGCUCAGAAAACAAAUCUUACUAAGCAUCAGAAAACUCAUACGGGAGAGAAGCAAUUUUCCUGUUCUGAUUGUGGGAAAUGUUUUAUUCAAAAAGCAUAUCUUACUAAGCAUCAGAAGGCUCAUACAGGAGGGAAGCUAUAUUCAUGUUCAGAUUGUGGGAAAUCUUUUAGUCGGGAAUCGCAUCUUAUUACGCAUCAGAAAAUUCAUACGGGAGAGAAAGUAUUUAUGUGUUCUGUAUGUGACAAAUGUUUUACUCAGAAAGCAUCUCUUAUGAAGCAUCAGAAUAUUCAUACAGGAGAGAAGCCAUUAUCCUGUUCUGAAUGUGGGAAAUGUUUUACUCGAAAAUCAGCCCUUAUUGAUCAUCAGAAAAUUCAUACAGUAGAGAAAGCAUUUUCAUAAUAAUAAUUAUUAAUAUUUGAGCUGUAUAAAUUGUUGCAGAAUGUGUAAAAUGAAUUGCUAUGCUAAAAUAAGUGUGUGAAAAGUUGCACUACUAUAAGGAAAUACAUUUAUCUGCAAAGUAAUAUCAAAUGAGAUAUACAUUAUCUAUAGAAACACAUAAAAGGGAUAGGAAAUUAAUUUCUAUUUUCAAAUGUGUUUUGUUCUCCUGGUAACCUUUGUUGAAAAAGAAUACGCACAUAUCCUACACUAGUGGGAGCUAGCUGCUGAUUGGUGCCUGCACACAUUUGUCUUUUAUGAUUGGCUAACUAGAUGUGUUCCGCUAGCUGUCAGUAGUGCAAUGCUGUUCCUUCAGCAAAGGAUAACAAGAGAAUGAAGCAAAUUUCAUAAUAGAAGUAAAUUGGAAAGUUUUUUUAAAUGGUAUAUUCUAUCCAAAUCAGAAAAGAACAUUUUUGGGUUUCCUGUUCCUUUUAAUUUACUGUGCACAAUUAUAUAUAGAAAUAUAAAUUAUAUAUAGAAAUAUAAAAUAAGAACUAGCAACAUCAAACAUUACUGAUUUAUUCAAUAUUGGCAGGACCUCUAUAAGAUUGUGUAUACAUUGUGAUAUCUUCUGUACAUACCUAUGAUACAAUAAAUAACUUCAGAUCUUUUUCAAUCAAUAAAA